AUGGAAGACACACCCCUUAAUGCGGCACAUAGCUUUGCAAAUGCCGCAGAAGAAUUUGAAGAUAAAGAACAGUAUGCGAAAGCUAUGGAGGCACAUUUCCGUGCAGCUGAACAGUUUUUAAAUGCAACAAAUCUAACAUCUGAUCCAGAGGCAGUUCGAACAUUGAAAAAACUAUACUCUAAUCAUAACCGACAAGCAAAAGACUUACAACCAGAAGUAUUUAAUUCUCAAGGGAAUAAUAAUAAAAAUACAUUUAAAAUUGUUAAUAAUGUAGCAAUUGCUACUACUACUCCUAGUAGUAAUAACAGUCGUAAUACCGGUGCCACGAUCAUUAAAGGAAGGAUUGGAUCACAAACCAAUAAUGAUACAUUAGAAGUUCCAAACGGCAUUGGAAGAACUAUCGAUUCUUCUUUAAACAUUGCCGAAAGUACAAUGACAACAACAUCAUCAGGAUCCGAAAAAACCAUCGAAGAGUCUUAUAUGGUACUUAAAGGCAAUAACGAUUCAACCGAUGACGAUGAUUCAGAUCCAUUCAACAAAUUUUGGGGUAUUGUUGAAUCUUUGGUUCAAAAAAUAUCUAAUCCGGUCGCAUUUGCCACCGUACCACUCAAUGGUACAGAUUCUGCCACACAAUUUGAUUCUAAUGUUAUGCCGUCUACAUUACCAUUUCAUAACGAAUCCAAAGCAGAGGAAUUGAGUGCGGCAAUGAUGGAGUCUUUUUUUGUUAUACCUAAAGAUCAAAGAUCAGGACCUGGUUUACAUUCACAUCUCAAAUCUCGAACACAAUUAUCAUCUGCAAGCAUAUGA